AUGUCCGACAGCAGCAGCCGCUCCAGCCGUGCAGAAAAUGUGACGCGCUUCAGGGAUCCGCAGCCGCCUUUGAACCCACACAAACUCCUAAAGUGCUUUCAUCACUCUGGGGAUGAGCGCCGCUUCACAGCCGUCGGCGUGCAACCCGCCGGGAUCCAAAAUGGCUUUCAGCUCCCAAAUACACCUGCAAGGAAUGACACCCAAACUCAGACAAAGACCAAAGCCGCCCUCUUCGGCAGCAGUUCUUGA